UUGGUUUUGAUUUUGAUUGAAAAUAAAAAUAUUGUAUUUCCUAAUAUGACAUUAUGGAUUUCAAGAAUUCUGGGAUUUACACGCAAAGUUAUAAUAUACGGGUGUGUAACUCAUUGUACAUUUGAGUACCUCGGAGAUGUUGUCAUUUGCAAUGGUCCUUCAAUGGAGCCAACUCUUUAUUCGAAUGACAUUUUGCUUACCGAAAGGAUAUCACCAAGAUUUUCAAAUAUAUCUAGAGGUGAUAUAAUUAUUGCCAAAUGUCCAACAAAUCCAAGUGUGCAUAUCUGUAAACGAGUCAUUGGAAUGGCUGGCGAUAAGGUAACAACAUCAGAUUCCUACUCUGGGAGGCUAAAUCAUGAAGUUAAUGUAAAUGGCCUUGAGGACAGCGAAAAUGAUUGCAAAAGAACACCACGAUCUGUUCCAAAGAAAAUUGUAGCUUAUGUACCCAAAGGUCAGGUGUGGGUGGAAGGUGACAACAAAUCUAAUAGUACGGAUUCUAGAUUCUACGGAUCGGUGCCUGAAGGCCUUGUUCAAAGUAGAGUUUUAUGUAGACUUUGGCCUAUAAAUGAAAUAAAAAUGUUAACAUAAAAUUUAUUAAAUAAACUAUUUGUUCCUAUUAAGUAUAUAA